AUGGCUCCCAAACAAAAGGGAGGCGCUAAGCCCAAGGGGAAUACCCAAGAGGAGGUUGAAGAGACCCUACAAGCUGUGGUCCUUGCAGAUACUUUCGAGACGAGAUUCGAGCCGUUCACAAAUGAAGUGCCUAGGUGUCUGUUGCCUUUGGCCAAUACUCCUAUCAUUGAAUAUACCCUGGAGUUUUUGGCAAACUCAGGCGUGGAGGACGUGUAUGUGUAUGCCGGAGCCCACUCGGAUCAACUCGAGAAAUACAUCAACGCUUCAAAAUGGCGAGCCCCAUCCUCGCCCUUCAAGCAAUUCACCUUCCUCAAAUCCACCUCCACCUCCGUUGGCGAUGUUAUGCGCGAUCUGGACGGCAAGCAUCUGAUCACCGGUGAUUUCAUCGUUGUUAGCGGUGAUGUGAUUUGCAACCUACCCAUCGAGAGCGCAUUGGCUGCGCAUCGCACCCGCCGUGCCGUGGACAAGAACGCGAUUAUGACAAUGGUUUUGCGACAGGCCGGUCGGAACCACCGUACCAAAUCCUCCUCCAUCUCACCCGUAUUCGUGAUCGAUCCCACCAAAGAUCGCUGCGUCCACUAUGAAGAGAUUGACUACCACUCAGAGGAGCAACCGGCUCGGCUGAAUAUCGAUGCCGAGAUCAUUUUGACCCACCCCGAACUGGAUAUUCGUCAGGAUUUGAUCGACUGCAGUAUUGAUAUCUGUACGCCAGACGUGUUGGGCCUAUGGUCUGACAGUUUUGAUUACAUGUCACCGCGGAAACACUACCUUUUCGGUGUUCUUAAGGAUUACGAACUUAACGGUAAAACAAUUCACACACAUAUUAUCAAAGACGGUUACGCUGCACGAGUACGCAAUCUAAAAGCCUACGACGCUAUUACAAAGGACAUUCUCUCUCGAUGGACCUACCCAUUGACCCCGGACACAAACUUGCUUCCAGGCCAUACCUACCAACUUCGCAAGAACAAUCUAUACCAGGAGAAAGGUGUGACUCUUGCCCGGUCCUGUCUAAUUGGUCGCCGUACCGUCAUCGGCAAAGGCACUAGCAUCGGUGACCGCACAACAGUCCGCAACAUUGUUCUGGGACGUGACUGCAAGAUAGGCCGGAACGUCAAGCUAGAUGGAGCAUACAUCUGGAACGGCGUCACUAUUGGCGAUGGCAGCGACGUACGCGGGGCUAUCAUCGCCGAUGGCGUUGUGAUUGGCAAGAACUGUACAAUUGCCUCAGGAGCUCUUCUAUCAUACGGUGUGAAAAUUGCCGAUGGCACAACCAUUGAGGCCGGGAAGCGUAUCUCCAAAUCUCGGAGCGAUGGAAGUGCGGCCACAAACGAUCCUGAUGUCGUUGGCAAGGGUGGCGAGGGCUAUGAGUUUAUCUCAGGGGUCGAUGAUUCCGACGAAGAGGAUGAUGCCAGUGUUGCCUCAUCCGGACUGGUAUACCGUAUGCCAGGACUUUCUCUCUCCUCGGCUUCCAUCUCGACAUUAUCAUCCGACGUAUCCGACGGCAGCUGGCCCCGCUCAGCUAGAAGCAGCUUCUCCGACGACGAGAAGGAUAAUUUCCACCACGACGCAUCAGUCAGUGUCUUCGACAGUCUACGAGACGGCGUUUCGGCCGAUGUGGUGCAAUUGGAGCUAGUGUCUCUACGUAUGACAACAAAUGCGUCAGACAUCCAAGUACGACGAGCAAUCGUGUCCUCCUUCAUGAAACACAUCCAGCAACUGAUAGAGGGCGGCAAGAGUGCCAGCGAGGCAGUGCACGAUGUUUUCUCCAAGUACCGUGAAGUCGUAGACCGCACGCUGUUCGACAGAAACAAGGACCAGAAGAAGGAUCAAGUCGACUUCCUGCUCCAGAUGCAACAGGAUCUCGUUCACCGCAGCAAGGGAGAGACAGUCUUGCUAUUCACUGCGAAAGAGCUAUAUGAGUUGGAACUUGUUGACGAGGAGGCGUAUGAGCAGUGGUGGAAUGAUGAGCGGUCGAGCUGUACCGAGGAAAUGAGAACGGUACGAUCAAAGGCGGAGCAGUUUGUCGAAUGGCUGGCAAAUGCUGAAGAGAGCUCUUCUGAAGAGGAAGAUGAUGAAGAGGAAGAUGAUGACGAGGAUGAUGAUGAAGAGGAAGAAAGUGACGACGAGUAG